AUGCCUGCCUCGACUGCACCGCUGGCGGUGAGCGCCUGGGGGGGGACCGCGGCGCUGCCCUCGCUCGAUCCAGCGUCGCUGUAUGUCCUAGCGCUCGUACAGCUGGCGCAAGUGCCCGCGCACGCCGUCGAGCCGCCCGCGUGGUUCCACACAGACGCUGUGCCGAGCGUGUACGCCGCGCACACCGCGGAGGGCCGCGCGUAUGCGGCCGAGGUGCUCGCGACGACGCCGGCAGCGGCGCGCGCAUACUUGUACGAGCAUGUGCCGCAGCCCGAGGCACAGCGCGCCGCCCGAGUGCAUGCGGUACUCGCCCUGCUGGACGACGCCGCGAGCGACCUCGUGCUGCACACGCUCUUCUCGCUGCCGCCCAACUUCCAGAAGGUGACGUGCCCGGCCCUCGCCGGCUCGGCGCGCGGCUGGCCGUCGUCGCUGCCCCGCCGCCUGCGCGCGGCCGUGCGCGCGCGCCUCGAGAGCCCGCAUGUGGCCCUCUGGGGCAUUGGCGGCUCGUGGGAGCGCGAGGAACGCGCGCAGCAGGCGCGCUGGGACACGGCGGCCGGCCUGCCGGGAGCGCGCGACCCCGCCGCGCAGCUCCCCCGCGUCGGGUUCCGCGGGAACCCGGGCCUCGCGCAGGACAUGCGCGAGCAGUGGGAGCGCUCGCGCCUCGCGUCGCGCGCGCGCCAUGUGCUGCGGGCCAUCCAGGCGUCCGUGCCGGACGGCGGCUUUGUCGCGGGGUGCGCCGAGCCGACGGCGGCGGAUGCGCGGCUCUACUCGCUGCUGGCGCCGCUCGUCCUGGAGACGUGGCCCGUCGAUGUGCUGCCGGCGCUGCUCACGUCCGAGUUUCCCGCGCUCGUGCAGCACACGCACCGAAUGCACGCGCGCCUGUGGCACGGCACGCGCGGCUGGGCAUGGCAGCGCGACGCAUCGAUGGCGCCGCCGGCGUCCGCAUGGCUGGCGUGGCCGUCGCGGCCGGCGUGGCCGUCGUGGCCGCCGUGGUCGUCGCGCGCCAAGGACACGCGCCCGCUGCCGCCGACGCUGCGCUGGGGCCGCAUGGCCUGGAUCGCCUCGGCGCUCGUCGGCCCGCUUGUCUACCUGUUCGUGUCGGGCCUCGUCGUGAUUGAGGUGGACGAGCCAGACGAGCUCGAGGAGCCAGACGAGCUCGAGGAGCCAGACGAGCCCGCGGAUCCGGACGCGCUCGAGGACCCGGGCGAGACGCUCGGCGCCGACGAGAUGGAGGAUCUGGCCCUCGAGGACGAUGCGCCCGAGGACGACGAUGCAUAG